AGUGCAGGGAGGGUGCUGCCAGUGAUUCAGCUGGAGCAAUAGCAUAGCUCUGUCUGCCUUUCUAGAGUUUCUCAGGACACCUCUGAGGACUCACUCCAACCAUCUUGUGACUGCUGCUGGCUAUUGGACUGUGACAAGGAAACUACAGACCACAGAUCAUGGCUUCUGCAUCUACUACGUCAAAUGAAAACUCAAGCUCAGGUAACAAUGAAAGUGAAAGCGAUAUUGAAAGUGAUAGCUGUGAUGACAGUGAGACCACAGAGAGUUUGUCCUCAUUUGAUCAAUCUGAGGAAGAAGAUCAACUAAGCUCAGAAGACGUAAUAGAAGAACCAGCUUCUAGGCAAUUACCAUCUGAGUUUGAAAUCAAUGAAGAGAAGCCUUCAAAAGUUGAACCUACAGAUGUUAGCGACUGUGAUUUAGAAAGAUCAGAAUUAAAGGAAUGUGAGGGAAUUCUGAGGAAGCUCUCAUUGUUGAUUUGGAAAACUCUGUCAAAAUCGAACAUGGUAAGCUUACUGAAAGACUUUGUUGAGUCUGAAUUCUUUUUGAUUGAUGGAGAUUCCUUAUUCAUCACUUGUGUUUCCAAUGUGAACUUCAAGAAAGGACAAACUCUUCACUUCUUCUAUAUUGUGGAACAAUUUCUGCAUGAUUUCAUUCAAAAGGAAGCCAAGUUUGUAAUAGUUUUUUUUAAGGAUGCAGAAAAUAUGUAUUUUAGUUACCCUGAACUUCAGGCCCUUCGUAUGAUAUUGAUUCAACAUUUAGAACACAAUACUGACGUCACUAUUCAUACAGAAUUUUCCAAUUGUCUGUCACCAGAAUGGGAGAUAUUUCUUCAACAAUGUUACCCAUAUUUCCUAAUUGUCUCAGAAAGGGGAAUAACACCUUGUCAAACAGACUUUUUAAACAUUUUUAUCAUUCAUGCUCUUCAGAAGAAAAUCAGUAUUGUGCAGCCUUCGGGAAUAGAGUCAGAUGUCCUAAGAAUUUACGGGUACUGUGCCUCAAGUUGCUAUUCACACAGGCUGUUUUUUGAAAUGCAUGAAAAACAGCUGCGGCACGCCUUACAUGCCUACGUAAUAGAGUAUUUCCAAAAGUCACAAGGAACAGGAAUAUUUCUUUAUGGUCAUUUGAAAUUAAACUUGGGAGACAUGCAGAAAGAGAUACAUCAAACCUUGUCCUUGCUUCAGAAUCUGUGGCCAGAAGGAGCUGAUAUCAGAAGUGUUGUCUGCUCCAUUUCAUGCUCUGUGACACUAAAACUCUACAAAAAAAUGUUACAUGAGGCAGAAGACUGUGAAAACCUAAACAUAUGCACAGAGAAUCAUAACACACAGGACUUGAAGAAACCACCAACACUAAAGGAAGCAGCAGAUCUUUGCAGAAUGCUCUGCCUUACUGUGGUUCUCCUUCAACGUUUACCUCUGUUUCAAAGAGCCAAGAGUAGAAUCAUUACUCAUGUUUGGGACAGCACACUUUCACCGUUUCUAAGAAUGCUAAAGAAAUGUGAAUUUUUCAUCCUAAAACAAUUAGAGGCUAGAAAUAAUUGGAAUGUGAAUUUCACUGGCCUGCCUGACUUAACUGAUAAUAUUUUGUGGAAAAAUAUUGCUUAUUAUUAUGAAAUUGAAUACAGUAGAGGGCUAAAUUUGGAAUUGGGUGACACUUUAAAGCAAGAAUGUCUGAAGCUGUGGAACACAGUCUUACUAUUCUCAGGGGAUGGUGAUCUGGGAGGACUCAUACCCCUGAGGACAACGUCCAGACCAUUUCUCACACAGAAGGAAACAUCCCCUGGAGGAUCAAAUCAAGAAAUUCAUAAAUCAGGACUCAUUCCUCUGAAAGCUGAGAUUAUUGAAGAAUAUGCUGGAGAUAUUAUGUCAGAACUACCUUUUCUAAGCAGUGAUGACCCAGCUGUUCUCUCUCUUUCUAAAAAGAGAGAAUUUGAUGAACUCACACACUGGCAUUCUGCUAGACCUCUCAGCGAUGAUUUUGAAAGGACUAGGUGCAGCAGUGAUGCUAAAUCCAAAGAUGCCAAAGGAAAAUGGGAAAUACAGAAAUUACAUCAUUUUUAUCAUGUCUUUGGAAAAUCUUUGAUAGGAAGUAACAGAUCAGUAAGGAUUGUACAAGAAAGAGCUCUGCCACCUCCAGAAAAUUCUUCUGGGAAAAAGAAAAGAAAACACCAGAAGACAAAUGCAGAAAAAUUUAUUGAAGAAAAUCAAAAGAGACAACUAGCUAAACUAGAGAAGAGAGAGGAAGAACGAUGGAAUAACUUGUCCCUAUAUAUUGAAAAGGAAAUUAAAGAAAGUCCUAAAUCUGGAAUAAAAAGACUAGAAGAUUUUCUACAAAUAUGUCCUGUUAAAUCUGUAAGAUUUACUGCAGAAAUGGUAGGAAUGGAUGCCUGUUUCAAAUUAUGGAUGGAAUACUGUUUAAAAACAGAAGCAGAAUCCAGAGAUAUAAGCAUAAUAAUUAACUUGAUGAAAAGGAUUCACAUAAUCCAUGAAAAAUAUUCAGAACUAUUACAAAAUACACAUCGACAAAAAUUAGCCAAAUAUCUAAGAUAUAUUGGAUUUGACAACUUGGCACACUCAUUAUAUCCUCAGGUGGCACAAUCACGUACUGAGAAGGAUAUUUCUAAAUAUUCAGUUCACAUGGGAGCAGCUCGGUUUCAGUUAACGUAUAUGGGACCUUACUUAUUUCGAGAAGAAAGAAGUGAUCCAGAUCCCAGGGUGCAACAUUUUAUACCAGACACAUGGCAGAGAGAACUUCUUGAUGUUGUAGAUAAUAAUGAAUCUGCUGUGAUUGUUGCUCCGACCUCAUCAGGGAAAACCUAUGCAUCUUACUACUGCAUGGAGAAAAUCCUGAGAGAGGGCAAUGAAGGGGUAGUUGUAUAUGUUGCUCCAACAAAGGCUCUUGUUAAUCAAGUGGUGGGAACUGUCUGCAAUUUAUUUACCAAAGCACUGCCAAAAGGAUUAGUGGUGUGUGGAACUUUUACAAGAGAUUACCGUCAUGACGCCUUGAAUUGUCAGAUAUUGGUGACAGUGCCUCAGUGUUUGGAAAUACUCCUGCUAUCACCUCAUAAUCAAAAAUGGGUGAAAAGAAUGAGAUAUGUCAUAUUUGAUGAGGUUCACUGUCUUGGGGGAGAAAUUGGAGCAGAAGUUUGGGAACAUCUACUUGUUAUGAUUCGGUGUCCCUUUCUGGCACUUUCUGCUACUAUCAGUAAUCCUGAACAUCUCACUGAAUGGUUGGUGUUAAUUAAAAGAUACUGGCAACAUGUUGAGAGCACAAUGGAAAAUUCUGGUUCAUCACAAAAUGCCCUGAAAGCUUCAAAGAAACAACAAAGAAAAAGAAUAGAAAAGUCAUCACACAUAGUUAGACUGGUAUGGUACAAAGAACGAUACAAUGAUCUAGAAAAGUAUGUGUGUUCUCUAAAAGAUAACGACUUUCUCAUUGAACACUAUCACCCAUGUGCUGCACUUACAGUCAAUCAUAUAGAGAAAUACGGAAUCCCUUUAGACCUUGGAUUUUCUCCUCGGGAAAGCAUACUGCUUUAUGAUGCUAUGGUACAUGUUUGGCCAGAAUGGCCAAGAAUGCAGGAGUUAGAACCUGAAGAAUUCAGCUGCUUCAAAAAUAAGGUAGUCAUCAUGAGGGCAGAUGCCAAGAAAUAUGAAGAGGAACUGAAAAAGGAAGUGAUUCAUUGGACUCAGCUGGACCGAACCAAGGUAAAUCAGUUACUGGAGUACCUUAAGCCUCAAACUUUUGACAGUUCAGAAACUGAAAAGCGAAGAAUGUUUCCUUGUUUUGUGGAAAAACUUAAAGAAAUGGAUAGGCUUCCUGCAAUAUUUUUUUCAUACAACAUUCACUCAGUGGAAUUAUCAGCUUCACGACUUCUUACUAAUUUGAUAAAUAAGCGAAAUACUCAUAACAAUCCAAUUUCUGAAAGAGAGAAGAAAAAUUUGAACAAGAAAUUAUGGAAAGCAAUAAGAUCUCAAAAGAGAAACUAUGCUGCUUUUUUAAACUCAGAUUCAAAUGCUAGAAUUCAAAGAAUUAUUUUAUGGGAGGCUGAAAUAAAGGAAAUAAAGAAAAACAUUAAGAAGCAUAAUGAAGUUUCUCCUGAGUGUACUUAUACUGAUCAUACAGCUGUGGAUAAUCAGACUUUAAUGAAGAUCUUACGCAGGCUGAGAGGAACAAGACAAUGCUACAAACUGCACAGUCUGUUACGGCGGGGCAUUGGAUAUCAUCAUGGUUCAAUGGAGUAUAAAGAAAGACAAGUUGUAGAGAUGCUUUUCAGACUGAAGCAUAUCAAGGUGGUAACAGCUACCUCAACUCUUGCUUUAGGAAUUAAUAUGCCAUGCAAAUCUGUUGUUUUUACGGAAGAUUCUGUGUUUUUGGAUGCCUUGAACUUUCGGCAGAUGUCGGGUCGUGCAGGAAGACGUGGAGAAGAUCUCAUAGGAAAUGUGUUCUUCUAUGAUAUUCCGUUACCCAAGAUACAAAGGCUCUUAAAGUCGAAUGUGCCCAAACUGAAGGGUCAGUUUCCUCUAAGCAUAUCCUUGGUUCUCAGACUUAUGCUGUUAGUUGCCAAAGCAAAUGACAAAGAGGAUGCCAAAGCCAAGGCAUUAUCAGUUCUCCAGCAUUCAUUGAUGUCCUUCAAGCGACCAAAGAUUGAGUGCAUGUUAAAAUUUUACUUCAUAUAUUCUUUGCAAUUCUUGGUCACAGAGGGAUACCUGAAUGAAAAAUGUGUUCCCAUUGGAUAUACUGGACUUGUGUCCCAUUUGCACUACCAUGAACCUGCAAAUUUCGUUUUAGUAAGCUUGCUGGUAAAAGGUUUAUUUCACAAGUUGUGUAUUCCAAUCAGCAUAGACGGCCGAAAGACAUUUUCUGAAGAUGUGAUGGAAACCUUAGUGGUGGUGUUAGCAAAUCUUUUUGGAAGACGUUAUCUUCCUCCUUGUGUGGAAAACUUUAAAAAGAAAUUUUCUCCCUCAAUAGUAACUCUAGAUGAUCUUCCCAAGGACUUUGCUGCAGUAGUAGAGGAGCACAAUAACAGAAUGCAAGGGAAUUUUGGUUCCUUCCUCCUAACAAUUUCUAAGUUGGCUGACAUGAGAAAAGAAUAUCAACUACCUCUCUCAGAAAUUGACUUUUCAGGUAAAGAAUGUGAAGACUCUGAACUGGUCUCUCAUUUGAUGCCUGGGGCUGAAAGCAGAACUGCUGUCUCCCCAUUUGCUUGCCUGUCCAACAUAACGGAUCAAGAUUUAUUUGACAUUAAUGUGGUAAAUGAUGCUAUGUUACAAACAAUUAACUUGAAUGUAAAAAAUAUUCCUUUGCUUUGCUUGAAUAAAUAUGAUAAGACUGGAAGGAAGUGUCCAUUGAAUGCUUAUGCAUUGAACUUCUACAAACAUGGCUCCCUGUUAGCGCUGACUUUGGGUAAUUGGCUAAAUAUGGGAGAUGCUUUUAAUUUAAUCAGAGAUUUUGCUCUUGUUAUUCAGUCUGUCAGGAUUUCACUAAGUGAAUUAUGUGAUGAUGAAGAUGACAAUGUUGUGCUGGCGUUUAAACAGCUAAGUGAGGCAUUCAAGACAAAACUUUGGAAAAAAAGAAGAUAUUGACAAUGUUAAACUUUACUCAAAUACUAUGCUCUUAGAAAACAGAGAUGAUCAAGAAAUUUUCCCACCCUUUUGUGUUCCAGGAAAUGGCUUACUGCAUAGAACCAUUCUUUCUCAUGACUUAGAUAAGACUCCUAGAUGUUGCGCUUGUUUACCUAUGACAAUCCUCAACACACUCUCCAAAUUCCCAUUCUUCGUCUUAUAAAUAAUUAGCUGAACUAACCAUCAGCUAAGUAGCUGUUUUCCCUUGCUGACUAAUCUGGAUGAAAUACCUGUUAACUUGACUUGACUAAACUUGAGUCAGGCUUCUCCCCUCCCCCCAAAUCCCUGAACUUUAACCUACCCUUAGGCUCCUCCUGAAAAGAGACUGGAAGCACUCCUAGAUUAACCAUCUCAGAUCAGCUGUUUAAUCUUGGAUGGACUGUGACUGGCUAUGUCAACCAAAGACAUUCCCAGAUCAACUGUACAAUCAGACCACACAUUCAUCUCAUCCUCCCACACCAGAUUCUUUCUGGCCUUGUUUACUUAUCUCUAUUAAUUAAAAAUCCUUUUUUGGCUAACAUUUAAGAUCUCUGCAAAUCUCAUGGUCAGAGCUUUCUCCUUUUUGCAUUAGCCCCUCAUUCCCUAGUGCAAUAGGCCUCACCACUUACUGCAAUAGUUUUUUCGAAUAAAAUCUCU